UGGUAUAUAACCCCCAGUGGUUCCUGACGAAGAAGCACACUCGACAGAGCCUCCCACCACAACACCCGCUACAGGCUCACGAGACAUACGCACUAUGUCGACCAAGGUAGUCGUCAUAGCCAUCGUAGUGAUUUUGGCGAACAAGUCUUACGGGGACGUCACUAACACUGCUGAAACAUGUGACUGUAAAAGUAACUCCAGAGUACACAACUAUGGUCAUGGUAUGAAAAUCAGUAGCUCUGAAGGACAUGGAGCCCAUAGUUCAGGUGGCAACGGAGAACAGAGUGCAGGCUACGGAGGACAGAGUGCUGGCUAUGGAGGACAGAGUGCUGGCUAUGGAGCACAAAGCAUGGGAAAAGGAGGUUGCAGCACUGGGCACGGCGGACAGAGCUCUGGCCAUGGAGGUCAGAGUACUGGCCAUGGAGGACAGAGUAAUGGCUUCGGAGGACAGAGUUCUGGUUAUGGAGGAAAAAGCACCGGAAAAGGAGGUUACAGCACUGGCCACGGAGGACUGAGUUCUGGUCAUGGAGGAAAGAGCUCUGGCUACGGAGGUCAGAGCUCUGGCCAUGGAGGUCAGAGUACUGGCCAUGGAGGACAGAGUACUGGCUACGGAGGACAUAGUUCUGGCUAUGGAGGAAAAAGCACCGGAAAAGGAGGUUACAGCACUGGCCACGGCGGACAGAGUUCUGGCCAUGGAGGUCAGAGUACUGGCCACGGAGGACAGAGUACUGGCUACGGAGGACAGAGUUCUGGCUAUGGAGGAAAAAGCACCGGAAAAGGAGGUUGCAGCACUGGCCACGGCGGUCAGAGUUCUGGCCAUGGAGGUCAGAGUACUGGCCACGGAGGACAGAGUACUGGCUACGGAGGACAGAGUUCUGGCUAUGGAGGAAAAAGCACCGGAAAAGGAGGUUACAGCACUGGCCACGGCGGACAGAGUUCUGGUCAUGGAGGUCAGAGUACUGGCCAUGGAGGACAGAGUACUGGCUACGGAGGACAGAGUACUGGCUAUGGAGGAAAAAGCACCGGAAAAGGAGGUUGCAGCAUUGGCCACGGCGGACAGAGUUCUGGCCAUGGAGGUCAGAGUACUGGCCACGGAGGACAGAGUACUGGCUACGGAGGACAGAGUUCUGGCUAUGGAGGAAAAAGUAUCGGAAAAGGAGGUUCCAGCAUUGGCCACGGUGGACAGAGUACCGGUCAUGGAGGACUGAGUACUGGCCACGGAGGACAGAGUACUGGCUACGGAGGACAGAGUUCUGGCUAUGGAGGAAAAAGCAUCGGAAAAGGAGGUUCCAGCAUUGGCCACGGUGGACAGAGUUCUGGCCAUGGAGGUCAGAGUACUGGCCAUGGAGGGCAGAGUAUUGGCCACGGAGGGCAGAGUAUUGGACUUGGAGGACAUAGUAUUGGCUACGGAGGACACAGUAUUGGCCUUGCAGGAGAGAGUACUGGCUAUGGAGGACAAAGCAUUGGAAUAGGAGGUUGCAGCAUUUCCCACGCAGGAAAAAGCAGUUCUCACGUAGGAAAAAGUUAUGGAAUAGCAGGUCACAGCUUUCCUUACGGAGGACAAAUAUUCGGUCAUGGUGGCCUCAGUUAUGGUCUUGGAGGAAAUAUUUAUGCUCUUGGGAGUCACAUCUUAAACAGCCAUGGUUUAGCCCUAACAGGCACCAGCAAAGGCUCCCAUGGUCAUCAUUUUGACGACGACGACCACGAUGAUGAUGAUGACGACGAUGAUGACGUCGACGACGAUGAUGACGACGAUGAUGACGACGAUGAUGACGACGACGAUGAUGAUGAUGGGGACGACGAUGACGAUCAUGACACUGAUGAAGAUAAGGACUAGUGUAAAAUGAAUGGCAAUGAUUUUUAUUUUUUAAUUUUUUACACUUACAGUUCCCGGAAGACUGGACUGGUAUUGCUUUGAAAUAGCUUCUUUUAUGUUUGUUCUCUAUAUAUAAACAUGUUUAUUAAAGACAUAGAGACUGUUGCAUACAGACUCAUGCAUAUGUCAUACAGCCUUCAUUUGAAUUGGUAGCAAUUGCUCCGAAUCAGUGAAAUUAGACUGAGAAUUAGUUGAAAAAGCUCCUUUUCGAAUAACUAGACUUUUAGAGUUGGUUCUGUUAUUAAAUUUUAUUUUUUCAUCGGUUUUUACACUAAUUCUUCAGUGAGUUCCUUACUAAUUUUCACAGUGAAGUACAUUAAUUUACAAGUCAGUAAGCUUAUGUUAGCAAAUUUUCAGUUAAUUUUCACAGAUUUAAAUUAAAAAUUUAGAUUUAGAAUGUACUAUCUGACAGCUGUGCAUGCGCAACAGAUUUUUAAAUACUUUAUGUAUGUUUCAGUACUGGUUUACAUUUAUUAAUUUAUUUAGGACAAGAAACCUUAAAUUUUUGAAAGCUUAUUAUUAUUUUUGGGUGUCUAAAUACGUUUGUUGAUUUAAUUCUAUUGUUAUUUUGCAUGAUAUUACAUAUUGUUUAAACUACCACAGUUUCAAUCAUAUUAUGAACGUGGACAAAUUUAUGUCAAGUAAAAAGAGUGAAGCCAAUGUGUGUAGCUAUUAUUUAUGUACUAGAAUUAAAAAUUUUAAGAACCAAUACAAGUAGUAGUCAUUAUGUUGUAUUGAAUUACUAUUUAUGAAUCAAACAUUUCAUGUAAUUCUUACCUUAUAAUUAUUCUUGUAUCCGAUGUAACACCAAUACUAAUCACCUCUAUGUAACAUAUUGUUAGUAUAAAUAACCAAGAAGUAAUUUUUUUCCAGCUUAAUUAUUUGACGACAUAAAUACAUAUAACUAAUUUCUUCCUCGUUAUAAAAAUUCUUUAACCCUAACUUUUAAUUAUAGUUUAUCUGCAGUUCAUUUUAGAAACAAUUUAAAUAGCUUAUUAUGGUGUCUCUUAAAUAUAUGUUGGUAAAAGUUUUAGCAAGUGUUUUUACUGGUAUAAAUAAUAUUAUUUCUAACUAUGUCCAUCCUAAAUAAUCUCUUAUGUGAAAGCUAUUUAAAUUAUGAAAUGUCUGUAUUUCCGGCAUGUGAAUUAAAUAAUAAACACUGACAAUGUAAUAUAAAAUUAGACAUAUUAAUAACUAGUCUAAAAAUGUUACAGUUAUUUAGUUGUUACUAAAUUUUAAAAUCACAGUGUUAGAAAUACAUUUGUAUUAUUUAGUUAAAAAGAUGUAUUAUUUUAAUAGAAUAAUGAGAGCUGUGCUUUGUGAAUCUGUAAACAUGUUCUCUAUGAGUGGUUUUUUCUACUUUUGUAAGAUAAACUGAAAUAAAUAAAAUU